AAUUGUUGCAAUGGAUUCCAAGUUCUAGGGUUUUUCAGAGAUAGCAGAGGGUGUUCGUCCGGGCAAGAGGGAGAGGCACGAAGAACAUAAAUAGGAUUAUCAGAGAGAGCGAAUCUGCAAUUUUGGAGAGGACGACUGGUCUGCUUGAGACUUCGAGACAGUGAGCCGUCGUUGACGAGGGAGAGCGAGCGGCGGCCGUGGAUGCAGGACGAGAAGACCGGCGAUGACCAAGAGAGAGGAGGAGCCGUCGAUCGAUGGCGAGGGUGACUGACUGAGACAUCGUCGGUCAAGGCAGAGGCGGCCGGAGGAGAAAUCGACGGCGAAGCUGGAAGAGCGGCGGCGGAGCACGAGGAAGGCCGAUCUGUUUCAGAUCUGGCGGAGGCUUUUCGUCUUCCGUUGCAGGCGUCGGAUGCGGCAGUGACGGCGGCAGCGGAAUCUAGGACUAUUGGUUGGCUUCAUCAGGGAGCGUGAAUAUCAAACUAUUGGUUGUUUUCAUCACAAAGUAUUAAAACAAUUUAUUGAGAGAGCAUGGAAUCACCUGCCAAUCAAUUCCGGGACACAUCUGUUGUUGUGGUUACACUGGAUUCUGGCGAAACUUAUAUUGUUUCCAGCUUGUCUUCUAGAAGUGACACUCAGGUGAUUUAUGUUGACCCAACAACUGGAGCACUUUGCUAUCGUGGGACACUGGGUUAUGAUGUCUUUAGCUCCCAAAAUGAAGCUUUAGAUUAUGUCACCAAUGGAUCAAAGUGGCUUUGCAAGAGUGUAACUUAUGCCAGGGCAAUAUUGGGAUAUGCAGCCCUGGGCAGUUUUGGGUUACUUCUUAUUGCUACAAGGGUGACUCCUAACAUUCCAAAUUUGCCUGGUGGAGGGACUGUAUACACUGUGACUGAGACGCAAUGGAUCAAAAUUCCACUUCAGAAUCCUCAACCCCAGGGCAAAGCUGAAAUGAAGAAUGUUCAAGAAUUGACAGAGCUUGAUAUUGAUGGAAAGCACUACUUUUGUGAAAUCAGGGACAUUACUAGGCCUUUUCCAAGCCGUAUGCCUUUGCAUCAGCCUGACCUUGAGUUUGUUUGGAAUGGGUGGUUUUCAAUGCCUUUCAAAAAUAUUGGUCUGCCACAGCAGUGUGUCAUUCUUCUGCAGGGUUUCGCAGAAUGUCGGGGCUUUGGAAGCUUAGGACAGCAAGAAGGAAUAGUUGCUCUUAUUGCUCGUAGGAGCAGGCUUCAUCCUGGUACUCGAUACUUGGCAAGGGGCUUGAAUUCAUGUUUUAGCACAGGCAAUGAAGUUGAGUGUGAGCAACUUGUAUGGAUUCCAAAAAAGGCUGGUCAAAGUGUUCCUUUCAAUACUUAUAUCUGGCGGCGAGGCACCAUCCCAAUCUGGUGGGGUGCAGAAUUAAAGAUCACUGCAGCAGAAGCAGAGAUAUAUGUUUCAGAUUGUGAUCCUUAUAAAGGAAGCGCAGAAUACUAUCAGAGGUUAAGUAAGAGGUACAGUGCACAGAACCUAGAUGUAGCUGUUGGUGUUAAUCAGAAGAAAAAUUCUCUGCUUCCAAUUGUGUGCAUCAACUUACUUAGAAAUGUAGAAGGAAAAUCGGAAUCCAUUCUAGUUCAACACUUUGAGAAAUCCAUCAGCCAUAUUAGAUCAACUGGAAAACUUCCUAAUACUCGAGUUCAUUUGAUAAACUAUGAUUGGCAUGCCAGUGUAAAAUUGAAAGGUGAGCAACUAACAAUUGAAGGAUUAUGGAAACUACUGAAGGCACCCACAAUAUCUAUAGGCAUUUGUGAGGGUGAUUAUUUGCCUUCACGUCAGCGAAUUAAGGACUGCAGUGGUGAAAUAAUCUUUAAUGGUGAUAUUGAAGGUGCAUUCUGCUUGAGAACACAUCAAAAUGGAGUUAUACGUUUCAAUUGUGCGGAUUCUUUGGAUAGAACCAAUGCUGCUAGCUACUUUGGUUCUCUACAAGUUUUUGUUGAGCAAUGUAGACGGGUAGGGAUAUCACUUGAUAGUGAUUUCGCAUUUGGUUAUCAGUCUACUAAUAAUUAUUGUGGAUAUACUGCCCCACUACCACCAGGCUGGGAAAAAAGAUCUGAUGCUGUAACAGGGAAAACAUAUUAUAUUGAUCACAAUACUAGGACAACAACCUGGAAUCAUCCAUGUCCAGACAAGCCAUGGAAGAGGUUUGAUAUGACAUUUGAAGAGUUCAAGAGGUCAACGAUUUUGUCGCCAGUAUCUCAGCUGGCUGAUCUUUUCCUUCUUGCUGGUGAUAUUCAUGCGACAUUGUACACUGGUUCUAAAGCUAUGCACAGCCAAAUUCUAAGUAUUUUUAACGAGGAAGCUGGCAAAUUUAAACAGUUUUCUGCUGCACAGAAUAUGAAAAUCACUCUGCAGAGGAGAUACAAAAAUGCAGUUGUAGAUAGCUCUCGCCAAAAGCAGUUAGAGAUGUUUCUUGGGUUGAGGCUUUUCAAGCAUCUUCCAUCAGUUCCAAUUCAACCUUUACAUGUGCCGUCCCGGGAAUCUGCUUGCCUGCUUAAGCCUGUUCCCAACAUAUUUCAAGCUUCUGACGAUGGAGCGAGUCUUCUCAGUUUCAAGAAGAAAGACCUAAUCUGGGUGUGCCCACAGGGUGCAGAUGUUAUUGAAAUGUUUAUCUAUCUCAGGGAGCCUUGUCAUGCCUGUCAACUUCUUCUCACUAUUUCACAUGGUGCAGAUGAUUCAACUUUUCCAUCAACAGUUGAUGUCAGGACGGGACGCUACUUGGAUGGGCUUAAACUUGUCCUUGAGGGUGCAUUUAUACCUAAAUGUGGAAAUGGCACAAACAUGUUAAUACCUUUACCAGGAUCAGUUAGUGCAGAGGACAUGGCUGUCACUGGAGCUGGUGCACGUCUUCAUUCUCAGGAUGCAUCUACUCGUGCAUUAUUAUAUGAUUAUGAAGAACUGGAGGGCGAGUUGGACUUUCUUUCCCGAUUUGUUGCUCUUACCUUUUAUCCUACUGUAUCUGGAGUAACCCCAUUAACUCUUGGUGAGGUUGAGAUUCUUGGAGUUACUCUUCCUUGGAAAGGCAUAUUUACUCAUGAAGGUCCGGGAGCAAGGUUAUUUGAACUUGCUAAUGAUAUUCAGAAGGAGAGCAACCCUUUUACAUCUGAUUCAGGCAGAAAUCCAUUUGUCAAUGCUGCUAUACGCAAUCAAAAUGUGUCACAACCUUUGCAGCCAGAUGCGUCUGCUGACUUAUGGGUAGACCUUCUGACAGGAGAUAACAUGCCCCCGGAGACCAUUUCUCAACAAGUCAUGCAGACUUCUGUACAUGAGGGGGGCGACUUUCUUAGUUUCUUGGAUGAAGCUGUAAUUGAACAGCCAAAGAGGGCAGGUGAUUCUGAAUUCACUUUAUCAUGGGACCAACGACCUUCAGAAAGUAGUUCUCAACAGUACAUAAAUUGUCUCAAGGUCCUUGCAGGCCCACAAAUGGAAAGAAAACUAGGUUUUAUAGAAGCUGUUAAACUUGAAAUUGAAAGGCUUCGCCUAAAUCUUUCAGCUGCUGAAAGAGAUAGAACAUUACUGUCAAUGGGCACUGAUCCUGCUACAAUAAAUCCAAAUCUAUUGCUUGAUGAAUCAUACUCGGUAAGAUUAUGCAGGGUUGCAAACUCUCUUGCCAUGCUUGGGCACUCUGUAGUUGAAGACAAACUUGCUGCUGCUAUUGAUCUGGAUGCCACUAACAAUAGUGCUAUAGAUUUUUGGAAUAUUUCUGGAAUUGGGCAGUGUUGUUCCGGUGGCAUGUGUCAGAUUCGUGCUGAAGCUGGAGUUGCUGGAUAUGCAUCCUCCUCUUCUUCAGAGGCUUCACCAUCUAUCUUUUUAUGUUCUCAAUGUGAGAGAAAAGUUUGUAAAGUUUGUUCUGCUGGGAAGGGAGCUCUUCUGCUAUCAAGCUAUAACUUGAGGGAGUUGUCAAAUUAUAAUGGUGCACUAAGCCAGUCUGGAUCAGUCCAUGGCAGCCCAGCUGAUGUAUCUUCUAAUCGGUCAAUGACACUGGAUGGUGUUAUUUGUAAACUAUGCUGCCAUGAGAUCAUUCUUGAUGCAUUAACCUUGGAUUAUGUUAGGGUCUUGAUGAGCAUGCGCAGGAGUGCUCGUGCGAACAGUGCUGCACAGAAAGCUUUGGAUCAUGUGAUUGGAUUUCCUUCAAGGGACUGUAUUACUGAAAGAAGUAAAGGUUGUGAUAGGCAGGAAACUCUUAAAACUUUAAGACUAUUGCUUAAAGGAGAAGACUCACUUGCUGAAUUUCCCUUUGCAAGCCUUUUGUACGCAGUUGAAACAGCAGCAGGUUCAGCACCACUCUUGUCAUUGCUUGCACCACUUGAUUCUGGAUUACCACAUUCAUACUGGAAAGCUCCUCCUAGUGCCUCCUCUGUUGAAUUUGUUAUUGUUCUUGGUGAUCUUUCUGAUGUGUCUGGGGUGGUCCUACUUGUCAGUCCCUGUGGCUAUUCAACGUCCGAUGCUCCUAUUGUACAAAUUUGGGCUAGCAAUAAAAUACACAAGGAGGAAAGGUCAUGCAUGGGAAAAUGGGAUGUCCGGUCCCUGUUAACAUCCGCCUCAGAACUUUGUGGACCUGAAGACUUCCAGAAAGCGAACUUUACAUGUAAAGGGAAUACAGUUCCUAGGCAUGUAAAGUUCACUUUCCGGAAUCCGGUUCGAUGCCGCAUCAUCUGGAUAACUUUACGCCUUCAGAAAGCUGGUUCAAGUUCUUUAAAUUUUGAGAAAGACUUUAAUCUUUUGUCGCUAGAUGAAAAUCCUUUUUCACAACUUGAUCGGCGUGCCUCUUUUGGAGGGGCAGUUGAAAGCGACCCAUGUAUUCACGCCAAAAGAAUUCUUGUAGUUGGAAGUGCAGCGGGAAAAGAUUUGGGUCUUACAUCACCACAAGGCUCUGACCAGAUAAGUUUAAGAAGCUGGUUGAGCGAAGCUCCACAACUAAAUAGAUUCAAGGUCCCAAUAGAGACUGAGAGGUUGAUGGACGGUGAUCUUGUUUUAGAACAGUGUCUGUUACCAUCUUCGCCUUUGCUGGCAGGAUUCCGUCUUGAUGGUUUCAGUGCAGUGAGACCUAGAGUCACCCAUUCGCCGCCUUCAGAUGUAAAUAUGGGGGAUACGACAUUAACAUUCUUAGAAGAUAGACAUAUAUCUCCCGCUGUACUGUAUAUCCAAGUAUCUGCUUUCCAGGAACCUCGCGAUAUGUUUGUCAUUGCGGAGUAUCGUUUGCCUGUGGUUAGACCUGGGACAGCAAUGUACUUUGAUUUCCCUAGGCGAAUACAGACGCACCGAAUCUCAUUCAGACUUCUCGGGGAUGUUGCUGCAUUUGCGGAUGACCCAGCCGAGCAGGAAGAUCCCUAUUCUAGAGCUGCGCUGCCGGCUGCAGGCCUGUCAUUGUUAAAUAGAAUCAAGUUGUAUCAUUAUGCUGAUUCUUACGAACUAGGGAAAUGGGCCAGCCUCUCUGCCAUUUGAUAAUUUUUGGCUCCAAGAACAGGGUCCAAGGAAUUGGAUGUAAUUGAUUUUUGUAUUUCUUGUCAAAUUUAUAUUAUUUUCUUCAAUUUAACUCGUUCGUAAUAACAGGUACAACAAAAUGUAGUAGUGGUGGUGCUAGUGAGAAA